GGAAGGGGGAAGCGCCGAGGCUGCCUGACUGGAAUGAGGGUAGCUGCGGCGACUGCGGCGGCGGGAGCGGGGCCGGCCAUGGCGGUGUGGACGCGGGCCACCAAAGCGGGGUUGGUGGAGCUGCUCCUGAGGGAGCGCUGGGUUCGAGUGGUGGCCGAGCUGAGCGGGGAGAGCCUGAGCCUGACGGGCGACGCCGCGGUGGCUGAGUCCGAGCCCGCUCUCGGGCCCGCGGCGGCCGCCUUCAACGGCCUCCCGAACGGCGGCGGCGCCGGCGACUCGCUGCCCGGGAGCCCGAGCCGCGGCCUGGGCCCCCCGAGUCCACCCGCGCCUCCGGGGAGCCCGGCGGGCGAGGCGGGCGCGUCACCGCCGGUGCGCCGGGUCCGUGUGGUGAAGCAGGAGGCGGGCGGCCUGGGCAUCAGCAUCAAGGGCGGCCGCGAGAACCGGAUGCCGAUCCUCAUCUCCAAGAUCUUCCCCGGACUGGCGGCCGACCAGAGCCGGGCGCUGCGGCUGGGCGACGCCAUCCUGUCGGUGAACGGCACCGACCUGCGCCAGGCCACCCACGACCAGGCCGUGCAGGCGCUGAAGCGCGCGGGCAAGGAGGUGCUGCUGGAGGUUAAAUUCAUACGAGAAGUAACACCAUAUAUCAAGAAGCCAUCGUUGGUGUCAGAUCUGCCCUGGGAAAGUGCCACUCCCCAGUCACCCAGCUUUAGUGGCAGUGAGGACUCUGGUUCUCCAAAACACCAGAACAGCACCAAGGACAGGAAGGUCAUCCCGCUCAAAAUGUGCUUUGCUGCUAGAAACCUAAGCAUGCCGGACCUGGAGAACAGAUUGAUAGAGCUCCAUUCUCCUGAUAGCAGGAACACGUUGAUCCUCCGUUGCAAGGACACAGCCACCGCACACUCCUGGUUCGUAGCUAUCCACACCAACAUAAUGGCUCUCCUCCCACAGGUGUUGGCUGAGCUCAAUGCCAUGCUGGGUGCCACCAGCACAGCGGGAGGCGGCAAGGAGGUUAAGCACAUUGCCUGGCUGGCAGAACAGGCAAAGCUAGAUGGUGGAAGGCAGCAGUGGAGACCUGUCCUCAUGGCCGUGACUGAGAAGGACCUGCUGCUUUAUGACUGUAUGCCAUGGACCAGGGAUGCCUGGGCAUCACCAUGUCAUAGCUACCCUCUUGUUGCCACAAGGCUGGUUCAUUCUGGCUCUGGGUGUCGCUCACCCUCCCUUGGAUCUGACCUGACGUUCGCCACCAGGACAGGCUCUCGGCAGGGCAUCGAGAUGCAUCUCUUCAGGGUGGAGACACAUCGGGAUCUGUCCACCUGGACCCGGAUGCUUGUUCAGGGCUGCCAUGCAGCUGCUGAGUUGAUCAAGGAAGUCUCUCUAGGCUGCACAUUAAAUGGCCAAGAGGUGAGACUCACCGUCCACUAUGAAAGUGGGUUCACUAUCUCCAGGGAAAAUGGAGGUUCCAGUAGCGUCUUGUACCGCUACCCCUUUGAAAGGCUGAAAAUGUCUGCUGAUGAUGGCAUCAGAAAUCUGUAUCUGGAUUUUGGUGGACCCGAAGGAGAACUGACCAUGGACCUGCACUCCUGUCCGAAGCCGAUUGUAUUUGUGUUGCACACAUUCUUGUCGGCCAAAGUCACUCGCAUGGGACUGCUUGUAUGAGCAGCAAAAAAAAAAUCAGUUAAAGAGCCUUGAAUGUCAUAAGAAGUAUUUCCACCUCAGACAAAAAAAAAAAAAAGCACAAACAGAAAGCUCUUUGCUCCCUCCCCCAGCACAGUGCCUUGACAAGGACCUGCAGAUCACUGCUGAACUUACCAUGUUUGAAGAAGAGCUUGCUCUUUACAAGCUACCUUGGCCAGAAAUUCUAGGACUCUAGUAAGCUCCAAAAUGAAUCUGUUAAUUUAUUGUCUCGUCUCCUAAUGUGAUUUCUAAGUAAUUAGGUUUAUAUCCCUUGUUAAGAAGGGUGGCUCAUUCUUUUUCAUUUUGGGCAUAAUCAAACAUAUGAGCGUUUUCUUCUCCUCCUUCCAAUAGAAUUUAUUUCAGGCUUAACCUUGACCACUUACUUAGAACAACCAUCCCUUCACAGGUGCUAGUUUGCAGCAGCCUGGGCUUCUUGGCCACUCCGUGUAGGUUAGACAUUUGGUUGGAAUUUACUGUCCUCAUUUACUCCUCCUAACCUCGGAAGUCCUUGAAUUGCAUCACCAAAGGGUUCUUCACAUGUCCUGGCUCUCCCUGUAUCCUACCCUGACCAUCACGUCCCGCCACGUCACUGGCUUUGCCACGCCUAAGUGCUCACUUUAGGACUUAGAACUUCGGAGAUUUGAUUUGCCUUGCUUUCCACUCCCUAUCUGGUAGUGACCAACUUGAAGAGCAAGUUGGUAACCACUGCUCUAAAAGCAAAGUUUUGCUUGUUUUAGGAUUUUCUGAUUUUUCUCUUUGGUAGGAGCCAGGGGUAAGAUUUCUUUUAAAAGAAAAUCCUCAUUAGCUGAAGCCAUUUUUUAUUGCCGACCAAAUGUGCCUUUGGUGAGGGUUAAUGGAGCUUUAUUAGUCACUGUUUGAAUAACUGGAUAUCACUGCCAUUCCAGGGAAGUCAUCUAUCCUAAUUUUGAGGAACAGUCUUUGAGGUGGGUUUCCUUAGUGUGGUAUCUUUUCCAACUGGUAAAUCUUUUGAAGCAAGAUAAAUCCUGUAGAGCCAGCUUGUUUUAAAGUACACAUCAGUGAAGCAGCACACCGUUAGCACAAACACCGUGUCGCGUCGCUUUGGGCUGUGUGAGCCCAGGCAGGAUCCAGGCCCAGGCCCUCCCCCUCCAGGGCAGCAGGGCGGCAUCCGUCAGCACUGCUCACUCAGUGCUGGCUCGGUCACGCCUCCUGCAGUGGGCAGGGCACCGAGACCAUGGAACAGCUACCCGGGCUUCGCUCAGCCUCACCCGGUGUGUCAUCAGGAGACCACAGCAGCAGCGAAAGGGCUGGUUCUGCAGUACUGGAGAAUCACAUUCAGCUUUCUUUUCCUAAUUAUGAAAGAGGUAUAUAUCUGAAACCAUAUACAACAGUAUAAUAGCUAUAUAAAAUGUCAAGGUUA